GCACAUGCAACAGCAUUGAUUUGGUUCAUUGGUUUGUGCUGGGAAGCUAAGACAUCCUGCAGGGAUAUUAACACAAUGUUGAUGGGAAAAUGAGAGGUCUGAUAAUUGGAGACAGCAUCUCAGAGGAUGGAGAGCCAAACAACACAGUCUGAGAAACCUGAUCCAGGCCUUGCACAGUCCUUAGGAACAUAUUUAUCAUAUUACGAGCAUGAAGAAAUGAAAAGAGAUGGCAGUCGUCCUGACAGUGAGACAGAGGAAAACAAGGACUCAUCAUCUCAGAUUGUCUCAUGUGCCCAUGCAGAUUCAGCUCCCGACCUGGACUGGUUCCCAGAGGGACGGUUCGUCUGGCUUGUUGUCCUGGCAGCCACCUGGUGCAAUGGAUCAAUCUUUGGGAUUCAGAAGUCUUUCGGAAUCAUACAUAUGAUGCUUGUUAAAGCUCACGAGGACUCAAAUAAUGAAGUUUCUCAGUUUGCAAUAGCCUGGGUUGGUGCUCUGGCCAUGGGUAUGGUCUUUCUCUGCUCCCCCCUGGUCAGUAUUGUCACUGAUCACGUUGGCUGCAGGGUGACGGCCAUUUGUGGGGCCCUUGUGGCUUUCUUGGGACUUCUGACAAGUUCAUUCACCAUGUCGUUAGGUUUGUGGUACUUCACCUAUGGUGUUCUGUUUGGCUGUGGCUCCUCCUUUGUCUUCUUGCCUUCUCUGGUGACCCUGGGACACUACUUCCCUCAGCGCCUCGGCCUGGUCAACGGGGUGGUGAUGGCAGGCAGCAGUGUUUUCUCCAUAAGCCUGCCUGCCCUGCUGGAGGAGGUGGGGACACCGCUGGGCCUCAGCACCACCUUUCAGAUCCUCAGUGCCCUCAUGCUAAUCCAGGCAGCCCUGGCAUUCUCCUUCUGCUCACGCCUUUACCACAGGAAUUUGCCCACUAACACGGCCCAGCUUUCAUCUACCAAUCUGAGCAGUGGCUGGCAGCAGGGCCUGACACAGACCAGGAGGUACUGCAACCUGGGAGUGUUUCACCUCCCUAAUUACAGGGUGUGGGCUUUUGGGGUGGCCACAGCUAUGCUGGGCAACUCUGUGCCCUAUAUUUACCUGAUGAGUUUUGUGGAGGAGCAGUUUGUGGAGACGCCAGUGAAGGAGUGGGUCCUCCUGGUGUGUAUCGGGGUGACCUCCUGCGUAGGACACCUGCUGUUUGGCAGGGUGGGAGACCUGCUCCAUGGGGCACGCAAAAUCUACCUUCAGGGCUUCUCCAUGACCACUUUGGAGAUUACCACAUGGCCUUCUACCUGGCUGGGGUUCCUCCCAUGGUCGGAGGUGUUCUACUCUUCUUUGUCCCCAAUGUUCAUCAAUGCCUGCUGGAGGGCCAGCAAGAAACACUCCCCAGACCCAGCCCUGACCUCCAGCUAUCCCCUCCUGGCUCGGACCACCAGGCCCCUCCCAUCCCUGGUCACCAGCUGCCCCCAACCAACCCUGGCCUCCAGCUAUCCCCCCCUGGCUCGGAUCACCAGUCCCCUCCCAUUCCUGGUCACCAGCUGCCCCCAACCAGCCCUGACCUCCAGCUAUCCCCCCCUGGCUCGGAUCACCAGUCCCCUCCCAUUCCUGGUCACCAGCUGCCCCCAACCAGCCCUGACCUCCAGCUAUCCCCCCCUGGCUCGGAUCACCAGUCCCCUCCCAUCCCUGGUCACCAGCUGCCCCCAACCAGCCCUGACCUCCAGCUAUCCCCUCCUGGCUCUGACCACCAGUCCCCUCCCAUCCCUGGUCACCAGCUGCCCCCAACCAGCCCUGACCUCCAGCUAUCCCCUAUAUGGCUCUGACCACCAGUCCCCUCCCAUCCCUGGUCACCAGCUGCCCCCAACCAGCCCUGACCUCCAGCUAUCCCCUCCUGGCUCUGACCACCAGUCCCCUCCCAUCCCUGGUCACCAGCUGCCCCCAACCAAGUGAGAGGCUACUGCGGUGAAGACACUGACAAGUCAGAAAUCCCAUUAGAUGUAUAAUGAGUGAAGUCUUGUUCCAUGAUAUUCCAAGGGACAUUUGUUAUAAACAUCAUUAAACCACUAGUCUAAAGUUAUUGAAUUCUGAAUAAGCUUUGUACUCCAUGACCUAUUUGCAUAUAUGAUUUUCUGACAUUGUUGGCUUUAGGGCGGGGGCAGUCACUAAUAUUUCUGAGGUAGCCACUUCUGUGAAACAACCUCACUGAGAAAGCCAUCAUACCCAUAGGGAGUUGGGGGGUUCACAAAGUCAAAUUGAUUCAUACAUGAUAUCAAAUGGAUUCACACAUGAUAUUUUAGAUACUAUUAACAUGGACCAUCAAGCUAUUUUAUUAUAUAUUGUAUAUAUAUAUCAGAAACAAAUGUGUAAAAAUAAUUUUAGGAAUCUAUUAAAUAUGUCCUUUUGCCAUUAUCUCAAUAAAGUUUAUAGCACAAAGAUUAUAUAUUGUAAAUCAGGUAAUGCCAAAUUUCAGUCUGAAGGAAGUAUAUUCUUUGUGUGAUUGAAAUGCAUCAGUGUGGUCCUCUGUAGUUCACUUGAUAGAGCAUACAUGCUUGCAAUACCAGGAUAGUGGGUUAAAUUCCCAGGUUCAUGAGUGUUAGCUUUCAGUAAUUGGUGUCACAACUGCUCCUGCUACGCCCUCUGGUGUUUAUCCGGUGUCUACUUGACCUGCAGUUACACUCUCUUUCUCUCACUCUGUGUGAUUGUGUGGUUGGAGACAGGUGUGCUGGAGUCGGAGCAGAUCCGAACCAGCUUCAACUUGUUCCAUAAUCAAGACCUCUACAAAUACUCAGUCCUGCCAGUUCCACUCUGCCAGAUUGUAAUCUCUGCUCAGUCAGCUCAUGAUUCUAGUCAUUUAUGAUUAUUCAAGACCCUGUUACUCUGCUGUGCCUGUUUCCCUGUCUAACACUGUUUAUCCUCUCAAUGCAGUCACCGCUCUGUCUCUUGUUCCACAUCUCACCACCCAACUACCUUACUCUGGAUUUUACUCACCACCACUACCUUGGAUUCCCCUCAGGACCUGUUCACCCUGUUCUACUCAUCCAACUCCAACCUCAGUCUCCACAUCUGUUUUUUCUGCAACUCAUCCGAGCUUCCCCGGAUCUGCACUCCAUAUCUCUCUGUGUAACAAUAAAUAUUUUGAUUCAUUCA